AUGAAUUUAUUAUUCAUAAUAUCUAUUUUAUUCUCGUCAUUCUUUUCAAAUAUAAUUCUAUUACCGUUACCAUUCAAUCAAUAUGCUUAUAUGCUUGCACGAGAAACAAUCAAACAACAUGAUAGAUCUAUACAAGCUCAGAAUAAAUUAAAUUCAAAAGAAAAAGUCGUUAAUUUAUAUUUACAAUUAUUACAAGGUAAAGAGUACGUUAAUACUAAAAAGUAUUUUUAUCCAUCACGUCCAAUUGAAACAGAACUUGAAAAUAUAACAAAAAGUUCAUUUUAUCAAUUUUUAAAAUUAUUACCUAAAGGAGGAAAUUUACAUUUACAUGAAACUCAAAUUCUUGAUCGAAAAGUAUUGCUUGAAUCUAUAAAAAAUUCUCCGGAAUAUGAUUUAUUAUAUAUUUGUGAUCAAAAUGAUUGUAUAAAAAAUAAAUAUUAUUUAAAUUAUUAUAAAAACAAUGUUCCUUCUGGUUGGACAAAAGUAAAAGAUUCUAAUUGGACUAUUUCAAAUAUUAUUAAGAAAACAACUUUAAUUGGAAUUUUAAACGAUCUUAAAACACCAAUAUAUUCUACUGAUGCAGAAGCUCGAUGGAAUUUAGCUGAUCAACAUGGAGUUUUUAAUUUUUAUAGGGAUUUAUUAAGAUAUAAUGUUACAAGAUUUAAUUAUAUGAAAUUAGUUUUAGAUCAUGCACUUGAAGAAAAUAUUCAAUUAUUAGAAUCUCGAACAGGAUUUUUUGGAAAUUUAUUUUAUUUUGAUGAAAAUGGUUUAAGAAUAACAAUGAAUGCAACGGAAGAAUUAGAUUUAUUAUUGAAAUUUAGAAAAGAUUAUAUAUCAAAAAAUCCUAAAUUCAUUGAUUUUAUAUUUUUUAUUAGUAGUGUAAGACUAUUAUCAAAAGAACAAAUAAAAAAUCAUAUUAAUAAUUUAAUUAAUCUUCAACGUUCAUAUCCAGAUCUUAUUCGUGGAUAUGAUAUGGUCGGUGAAGAAGAUCAAGGUCAUACAAUUUUAUUUCACAGUGAUAGUCUUAUGAAUGCAUUCGAUCAUUCAA